AGAAACGGGUUCUCGCAGAAUUCAAAAGUUCAAAAUGUCCGAGCAAGAUUCAUCGUCACCCAAAUAUAUGCGAUUUUUACUCGGAAACUUUACAUCUGCAGAAAUGGUGACGGAUGGAAACUUUCUGAUUUAUUGCAUUGAAAUGGGUCUGCUGGUAAUUGGAGUUCUAGAGAACAUUUUUAUGAUUGGAGCUGUUUUUUCGACAAGUUGUUUGCAUUUGAAUCUCCGAAUACUAAUUUGCAACUGCUGCCUUGGUUUCAUCUUAAUGGCAGUGGGCCGUGCAAUGAUUGCAGUCCCACUUUGCAUUGCCCACCUUCGUGACGUGGAUAUUUCAAGUCAUGCGUGGUGCUUCAUUGCUAAUGCGGUGCAUCAUUCAUCGGCUGACUCGGUUUGCCUUUCAUUCGUAUUCAUUAUGCUCGAAAGAACCGCUGGUACGAUUUGGUCUAAGGAUUACGAGAAGACCAAAAUUCACAUUUUUCCCUGUAUUUUUGCGUUUUUACAGUGGUUCAUUCCAAUGUUCAUGAUACUUGGAAACUUUCUGGAUCGUGCCAACCGCAUGGAACAUUUCUUACUGUACCCACAUCUUCCGUGCCAAAUCGAAUAUUUAACGCCAACUAUGUUUAUGAUAACGAUCUUCAUUAUUGUGAUAGGAUUUAUUGCAAGUGUUGGGGGAAUCACGAUAGUAUACAAUAAAAAUAUCAAAAAAUACAAUACUAGAGAUAUUUGGUUCAAUACUGUGAACCUUAGUGAAAGAUAUCAGAUAACAGAAAAUAUUCGCUCAACACACUUAUUAUUCCCAUUACUUGCCUUAAUGCUUAUUUUUUCAACGCUUUCAGUUUCAGUUUUGAUUUAUGGAGGGUAUUGGGUGUCGGUGAUGACAAAAGAGCCGGCAAGGUUUGAAGAAGUUGUCAAGUGGUUUGGCAGGGGAGGUGAAGCCGCUCAACUAUUUGACAUUAUAACUGCAAUCUAUACAAUAAGCUUCCCAAUAUGUGCAUUUAUAUGUCAUCCAAAUCUAUUUCGAUUUCUGCGAAAGUUUAUUGGAUGGAACAGUUAUGCGGUGCGGCCAUCGAAUUUGAAUGAAAUCGGAGGCUUCGAGAUGUCAACUGCUCCAAUUCGAACACAAACCGAAUUUCAUUUUCAAGAAUUGAGUAGACAGUGGAAUACUUAGUUGAUUUAUAUUUUUGUUUUUUGAGAAUAGUUUGGAUUAAGGCGUCUAUGUAGGCACAAAAAUGGUUGCGCCUCAGCAUUCAUUGUGCCUACGCCUACUGCCAAAGUAAACGCCAAAUAAUUUUUAUUUUUAAAUUUGUUUUUAACGGAUUUGUUCAGUAAGAAUAUUUACAAAAUUAAGAGAAAA